AUGGCCUCGAGGCGGCGGUGGACCGCUGGCCACGGGCACUACGGCCCGAUACCGGUUGAACAGAUCGAAGGCGCGACAGUCGACGAGGUACCCACGACGUGCCACGCGGCCGGACGAUGCAGUGGCUCGCAACAGGACAAAGAUAAGGAGAUGUGCAGAGAGGCUGAGCUACGCAUGCAAGCACACGGGCAGCCUCCGCCCGCACUGGAUGCAGCAUCAGCUCGAGCAGAUCAAUGGGUCAGCUCCACUGUCCUCACGCUUCUCCUGUGCGGCCUCUUCGCCGUCCUCCGCCGCCGCUGUGCUCCUACUCCACCCGCACUCGCCAUGCUCAAGAUCAGCGACCCAGCCAUCGCCCACCGCGCGCUCGUCGAGAACGCCGACGCCUUCUCGAACCGCCCACCCGCGCGCCUGCACAUGGCCCUGGCCCGCCGGCGACGCGGCCAGCAGAACACGAACGUCAACACCGUGCCUCACGGACCGCACUGGCGCACCCUCCGGUGCAACCUCACCGCCGAGACCCUCCACCCGUCGCGCCUGGCCGGCCUCGCACCGCUGCAGCGGGAGGCCGUCCAGGGCCUCAUCGCAGCGCUGUCGUCCGCCCCCCGGGGAAGCCGGGAGGAGGUGACGGAGGUGCACCAGCACCUCUAUGGCGCCGUGUUCUCGGUCGUCGUGCGCCUGUGCUUCGGUGACGCCGUAGACGAGGACCACGUGCGCGCUAUGCGCCACGUCAUACAACACUUCCAGCUUGCCAUUGGGCUGGUCAAGCCCUUCUCGGCCAUGGGCUCAGUCAUGGAGAAGCUCGUGGGGUGUGAAAGAUGGCUUGAAGCACAGAACAAGCCUAACAGUAGCUGCUUUCACAACAUGACUAAAGAAGGCAACUGCACAGAAGAUCCGGAGCCCUGCACAGAGGAUCCAGGACCUGAUCCAGCCGCACCAGAUCCAAGGUGGAUCCUGUCGCUGCCUCUAGCGUCCGAUUCUGAGCCGGCCGCCGCAGAUCCGAGGCGGGUGCUGUCGCCCGCCUGUGACGCGCCUGUUCGGCCCGCGUGCGAUGCUCCUGAUUGGCCCGCAUCACCCAGCGAAGGGGACCGGACCACUUGGCGCGUGGAGAGCGGCGCCUCGCUGCUCGUGGGUCCACCCGACCCUGAGUGCGCUUCAGUGCCUGUCCCCGCGGGCCCGCGAGGGGACACGCGUCGUGGGGACGCUGGAUCGGCCGCUCCCGAGGCUGAUGCGGUGCGAGCCCCACCAUCCGGCGCGGCAGGAGACAUGAAAGCGACGAUAGCACUCCAUGGCCGUGUGAUUCGGCUUGGUGCAGAUUUGGCAGAAGACCUCGGGAAGAUCAUUGCGGCCUCCUCCAUUGUCGCGGCCGCCGCCACGACCACGUCCACCGCCUCCAUUGCCACGGCCGCCUCCAUUGCGGCCACCGUUGCCACCGCGGCCACCACCGCGGUUGGAUCCACUGCGUCCGCCGCGAGACACAGCGUUGGCAGAGGAGUGGGAGGACUGCCCUCCGCCUUCAAACAUGGCCAGCCUGCUUUCAAAGCUGAUCAGCUGGUUGGGGACGUCCGUGGACUUGCCGUCCUUGUCGCGGAGCUUCUGCUCCGGCUGCUCCCGAUCUGCAUCGAGGUAGGAGACGAGCUGCGCCCCUCGGAUGGCUGCCAUGGCUUGCGCGCGCCAUACCAGGAAGUUGGAGCGAUGGAGUCGAUCGGCUAUGGGGAUGAGGAGUGGAGGUGGCUGCGCAGGCUCUUCGCCAUUGAUGUCCGGCUUAGGGAGCUAUUCCUCCCUCCCAUCAAGGCAUGGCGACGGGCGGUUCGGUCUCCUCGACCACGUGACGAGAAUGGCCGUUGUCCGUAUGUCGAGUCACUCGUCGAUCUCCGCGUCCCCAACGAGGACGGCGGCCGACGCGCUCUUAGGGACGACGAGAUGGUGCGGCUGAUCUCGGAGUUCCUAGGCGCCGACACGGGGACGGUGGUGGCAAGCCUCGAAUGGGCCCUCGCCAACCUUGUCGACAAGCCGGAGAUGCAGGAGAAGCUCCGUGGCGAGGUCGACUACGGCGAGGUCUCUCGUGCAGGUGCAGGCAUGCCUUACCUGCAUGCCGUCGUGCUAGAGACGCUACGCAUGCAUCCGCCGUUGCCGGUCAUCCCGCGCCAUGUCCAUGCCGAUGCCGUCGGGAUGCUGGUCGGAGGAAUGGUCGUGUCGCCGCCGGCCGGCGACUUUUACGUGAAUUUCUCUGCAAGGGACAUUGGCAGGGACAACAAGAUAUGGAAGGAUCCCGACGAGUUCCUGCCAGAGCGGUUCCUGACCGGCGGCGACGGGGAGGGCGUCGGCCCAUUGCCGGGGCCCAAGCAGAUCAGGAUGAUGCCAUUCGGCGCCGGGCAUAGGUUCUGCCCUGGCGUGGGCAUGGCCAUGGUGAACAUGAAGAGCUUCUUGGCCGCUCUCGUGCGCGAGUUCGAGUGGGGGGUGCCGACGGGCACCGGCACUAUUGACCUCACGGAGAUGGAUUCCUUCUUCAAGGCGAUGAAGAAGCCGCUUUCGGCGCGUGUCACGCGACGCACCAAAUCGGUCUAA